UUUUUUAUAAAAGCCAGCCAACCUGUUGAGUGUCAGAGGGAAGUGCUGAAGGCUGGGUGUGGGCACGCACAGUGGAGAGAGGACGCUGCUUUAGAGAGUCACGCGUUGAUAUCCGUCUUUUUGCGCUGUCGGGCACCGAAUUUAACGACUUACAAGAUCUGAACAGUUUAAGGUUUGAAGAUGUCAAAGAUCUGCACUUUGGUGUUUAUGACAUUUAUGUCCCUGGUGUCUGUAAAGGCGGAGGCUGAAGGAGAGGAUCCCUUUACAUUUGACUACCACAGACUGCGGGUUGGAGGCCUCAUCCUGGCUGCUGUCCUCUGUCUCAUUGGCAUCACUAUUCUGCUCAGUGGCCAUUGCAGGUGCAAGUUCAACCAGAACAAGAGAAGGAGGACAGGAAGCAACGCUCAACAGAUGCUCAACGACCAAGGUCGCACCUGUGACUGCUAGAUAACAACCGAAACCCACCGACAUCCCAAACAUCAAGCCAACAGAAACCACAGAGGAGGAGGAGCGGGAUUUAUAAGACCAAGCACAGGCUUUUGCUGUUAUUUAGAGAAAACAACAGAAUGUAGUUGGCAUGCACCAGAUUUUAGGUGUGGAGCCCUCUGCCUGACAACUGAGCUACUGAUCUUCAGCCUGCCUCUAUGUUACACUCAGACAUAUUGUACAUAAAACUGCGUCAGUUUCAUUUCACUCAACUUAACUCUUCUGUUUUUGAGAACCUGAUUUAUUGGAAUCAACUGAUUUCACAAGCCCCCAAAAGUCUGUGAAAUAUAACAAAAAGAGAGGAAAUGUUUCAGAAUUCAAAUUGAAUUGGCAGACUUGACUGACUGAAAUGAAAGUGACAUCAAUAAUAAUGCUAAUGUAUCACCAAAAAUUAUCCUAAUGCCCCACAUAUAUUGUAGGCUGUGUCUGUCAUGACUUCUGGUAUGUAUACUGUACGUGAGGCGAACAAUGAUGUAGAUGUUAGUCACCGUCGGUCACCAACCUAACCUGCAGUGUGUGUUUCAUGUCAAAUCCGUGAAUUGAGUGUUGUUCUUCCCCCAUGUUUUACUUCAUGGAGAAUGUAGUGGAUUGUACUGAUAAAUGAGUCAUGUUUCUAUAAAAUAACAGUUAAAACAAA